UAUAUUACUUACUUAAAUACAGCCUUACUGUUUAUUGUCCAAGGCUGUAUUUACCAGACCAUAAUGCCUGACAGAUUAUUGUGUUAUCCUUGUGUGGGCUUAGACCACCAGCCUCACUAUAACUGAAUAUGGCAGAGACAAGCUGACUAAAUUGUUAUGACUGUGACAAGGUAGAAGAAAAAGGUAGGAAAAUAUUUCCAGAAAGAUGGCAAGAGAAAAUGUAAAAACUGGCUUAGAGAAUCGGAUAUUCAGCAAAGUGGCAAGUUGCAUGCCAUGGCUGGAGGUUCAGAAUUUUUGUGUGGGACAGAUGAUAAGAGAGACAAGCAGGGCCUCCACCACAAGGCACUUGGGGUUAAAACCAACACCAUCACCCAAACCCCCCAAAUACAGUGCAUGGGUGCAGUUACGCUGCAUUCUAUUUAUCUUGUAUGUCAGGGCUGGAAAUGAUGCCACACACAAGCUAACCACGCUCUAGUAAAACAUUUGGAAAACUAAUAUGGACGCAUCCAUGUUUUCUCCAUUGGAAUAAAUAGUAGUUGAUAAGACCACAUUACAGAGUGUUUUGUGUAUCCAAACACAGUAGCAACAUGUCCACAGAUAGACGUUGGACAGUGCUGCGUGUACAACUGAUUUAAUGAGAUGCUAAUAAACAGUAAGUACUACAGCUCUCACUAAUGUUUGCGGUGUAUGUUGCCAUUUAGGAUUGACGUCAUGACCUGAAGUCGGACAAACUGAGACUGACAAAGCAGCCCCCGAAUUUCCAAGUUGGAUACCUGACUUAAGGGGGCUUACCAGUUGAAAAUUCUAACUAGAAACUCGCACAUUUCUGACUCCUCACUUCAAAUAGAAGACAACAUAAGGUAGCAAUGCCCCCCCACUUUGGCCUAGACUCUAUUGGAUACAUUUUAAUGGCAGCUUAAUACUAGUGUGCUAAGUUUCCACUCGGCAUCUUUUACUUUUUUUUUCUAUUCUUCUUCUACUUUUUUAAAUGGAAGUUCAUUUUUUGGCCUGCACUCUGUAAAAUGCUUGAAGCUCUCAGGAAGCUAAUUACUUUUGGUGAUAAUUGCAGUUAAUGAGAGUCCAGCCCUGGGACAAGCGGUUUUGCAAAUUGCUCACAGCAGGACCUUUGUGUCCGUUUGUCUCUGGGGAUGGGAUGAGCGAAUCUUCUCUCUUUUUUUUUUUGUUUUGCUCUGCUGAGCCCAGGGUUGUGGCAGACGUUGUGUGCAUUGUCUGCGUUAUUGUGUGAGGCUGUUUGUUUAUCAGCGGACCCCAUUUAGAUAAGUCUUGAAUAGUCCUGUGCUAGCCUGUUGUGUGCUCAGUUGACCACACACUGCUCCUCAUCCUUUCCAGGAGGUGACAAGGGCUAUUAAGCUAAUCCUUUAACUACUAAUCGUCUCCUCCCUCCCAUGGGCUUGAGCAAACACUGCCAUUGAGUAGGGGUCUACAUAAAGCUGGGUUCGCUUUACUGGCACCUAGUAGCUUGUAGCUCAGAGGAUCUGCCUCACUUGACACAGCUGAAGAACAAAAAAAGAAGAAAACGUCACAAUGUGCAGCAUUUUACAAAGCCUGCGACUGGGACUUGUUGCUUUCUUGUUUUACUUUUUUCUACCCUUUGCAAGGGGUCACAUUUGGGCCUGGCUGUUGUCUAUCCCAUACAGCCCACCUGGAGAGGGACCACUAGCUCGUGAAGUGCACCCACCUUUGAACAUACGGGAUUCUCUGGUUUCAUGUGAUCAUGAUCGCAGCUGUGGGAAAGGUUUCUCCUGUGACCGGCAUUUUCGUGUCUGUGUGCCACUGAAGCAGGCUGGUCAGUACUGUCGCCGGGAUGCCCAAUGUCUCAAAGGAUUGACUUGCAUGUUUGGAAAAUGUCAUCAUAGCAUUCCAGAAGGCCAGGAAGGUGCCCGAUGCAAGCUGGAUAAGGACUGUGGAGGCUCAAUGUGCUGUGCACGCCACCACGGAGAGAUGAUAUGUAAACGUCGCUUGAUGCUUGGUGAAAGCUGCUUUGUCCCAGACGGCGGGCUGGCUUUCAGCAUUAACCAGAUAUGUCCCUGUGAAGAGGGUCUGCUGUGCCGCAAAGCAACAGACAUACCCCAGAGAGAAAAAGAAUUUGUAUAUCGCCCAGAGGUGGAGAACUGGCAAUGCCAAGCCCCUGCUGUCUGACACAGUCAUCAAACUCUAUUUAUUUUGUAAAUAUUUUGUACAUACUGUAUUUGUAACUAAUGUUAAAUAAAGAGACCUAUAGUUAUUAAA